AAACGUACACAACAGUGUUAACAGCAUGUUAAGUAUUUAGUAGCGCAUAAAUUUAAGUGAAAUAAGCAUCGUAUUAUUAUCUAUUAUUUUGUGCAUAUUGUAUGAUGUAAAAUUUAAUAAGCAUUCUAAGCAAUAACAUCACAUUUUAUGCAAGUUGCAAUCUUUAAGAAACAAUUCAAACAUUUGCGCACACAGAUAAAUGCACUGUUGCGUUUUUAACAGCGGCAGCUGUUUUCCAUCGAAAACCUAUCGAACUUUUACAGCCACACAGAAACUGCAGUAUUGCAUUUAUGUUUUGCCAGUUUGUGCUCGAAUUAGUUUUGCACAAGGCAAACAAUAAAUUCGAUGUAAUGCAAUGACAAGCAUUACAAAAACUCGUCGAAAGUUGGCGCAUAUGGACACAGAUAAAAAAGCCGAUCCGCUAACAGUGAACGAUAUGGAAAUCGGGCCCAUAAAAGUUGAGCAGGACACGAGCACAGAUGAUGAAAGCAACGAGGAGUCGGAGACGCCGGCUAAAAUAGCCAGGACAACGGAGCAGCAGGAACCAAAGAAUUCAUGGCAGCUUUCUGCUGGAUUUACUUUCAGCUGGAUUUACUUUCUAUGCGUUUUCCUUAUCGUAUUGUUAAACCAAACAAAUCGCGUACGAUAAUUAAUAAAGCAGGUCAUAAAAAUAUAAAUGACCAGGCUUGUAAAUAAACAACAAUAAACUGAUUUUGAUUGUUUAUAUUGUGAUCUCAAUUCAAAAUUCAAAUGUCCAGUGAAAAAAUUAAAAAACGUGGUAAAAAUUUCUCGCCGGAGGAAGAGCUAACACUUGUCGAGCUCGUCGAGGAGCGAAACGAUGUGCUGAAUAACAAAAAAUCGGACGCCUUCACGUGGAAGCACAAGGAGGAGGUCUGGGCAGAGCUGACAAACAAUUUCGUUGCCAAAACGGGAGUUCUGCGGGAAUGGCGACAAUUACGAGAUAAAUAUCUACACAUGAAACGCAGAGCCAAAGUGGAGCUGGCCAAAGAGCGGGCGCACAGCUUGCGGAUGGGCGGUGAACCGGUCACGCCCAUAGUAUCCACGGUAUCCGAGAAGAUUGUGGCCAUGAUCGGAGAUGCUGCACUGUGCCUCAAGCAAGCACUGGAGACAGAUGGCCACACUCUGGAAAAUGAGCACAGCUAUGAGGCUGAGGAGGAUUUAUAUGAUAUCGUUAGAGGGGAUCAUGAUAAUAACGAUAUUACGCUAUCAGAAGAUGAUCUGACAAGCACGAGUUCCAGGUGGGCCACAUGUAACACUGGCACCGUGCGCAUUCCAAUUCUCAAAAAGAAAAUGCCGCAAAAAGUUCCUGAAACAAGCAAACGUAGCUUGGAGGAGGAAAAAGUGAAGCUGCUGCAGCUGCAGCAGAAUUUCUGCAGAUGCGAGAAUGAGCGAGCGCAGGAAAAACACGAUAUGGAAAUGCUCGAAAGACGCAGCAAGUUGGAUGAUGAGGCGCGAGAACGUAAACUGCGCAUCGAGCUCUUGGAGAUCGAAGUCAAACAGAUAAAAGCCAAACUAGACUUUAAAUAAGAGAUAGAAAAGAAAGUAUAUUACAUAAAUAUGCUGAUGCUGACGUAAAUUGAAUACUGAAUACAAAAUUAGUAAACAAAUAAACACAAAUGUACUUUAGUU